UGUUGUUGCUCAGACCAGACUUGGACAGGACCCGAACUAGACCUGAACUAGUCUCAAACUCAGACAAUCAAAUUUGUCUGCUGGACAAAUCUAAUCAAACAGCCAAUCAUAUUUUAGUACAA